CUCGCAUUCAGCUUUAUUAAAGUAAUAGGCACCUUUGGUUUUUCUUAGUUUUGCCUCUGUUUUCCGCUCUUCCUGUCAGAGCUCGAGUUUCGAGGUGGAAGACAGGAAGAGUAUGGUUAACGGGUUUAGAUCAGAGAAUAAUGGAGGGAAAACGACAUUGUUUUGGUACUAAAGUUUAUACCGUCGUCAGUUCUUUUAACUGAACCACCGUCCUUCUUUUACAGAUCGAUUACAGUUGUGAAAGCAUUGACCUAAGUUUAAUAUUUGUUUGGCUACCACAACAAACUAGCUUUCAUUUUCAGGAAAGCAACAGGCUAGUAACUGUGAAAGAGGGGCGUGAAAAAUGGGGGCAAUUGGUGGAGUAGAGUUAAAGCUGGAGAAGGAACAUAAGGCGCAAAUGCCAGCUGCUUGCGAGGAGAGGAUUCUAGUGUUGGUGAGGCUGAGGCCUUUGAGUGACAAGGAAAUUGUAGCAAAUGAAGUUGCCGACUGGGAGUGCAUCAAUGACAAUACCAUCCUAUACCGGAACCCCCUCCGGGAAGGAUCCACGUUGCCGUCUGCCUAUACAUUCGAUAGAGUAUUUCGGGGUGACUGCUCAACGAAGCAAGUGUAUCAGGAAGGAGCCAAGGAGAUUGCUCUUUCAGUUGUUAACGGUAUUAAUUCUAGUAUUUUUGCAUAUGGACAAACUAGCAGUGGGAAGACAUACACGAUGGAUGGAAUAACUGAGUAUGCUGUUGCAGAUAUAUUUGACUACAUAAACAGACAUGAAGAGAGAGCAUUUGUUUUGAAGUUCUCAGCAGUUGAGAUAUAUAAUGAAGUUAUUAGAGACCUUCUAAACUCAGACAACACUCAACUUAGGCUGCGUGAUGAUCCUGAGAGAGGAACUAUUGUGGAAAAAGUUACAGAGGAAUCUCUGAAGGACUUGAACCAUUUGAAAGAACUCAUUGCAAUUUGUGAAGCUCAAAGAAGGAUAGGAGAGACUUCCUUGAAUGAGAGAAGCUCCCGAUCUCAUCAAAUUAUAAGAUUGACAAUUGAAAGCUCUGCUCGGGAGUUCCUAGGAAAAGAAAAUUCAACAACCUUGGCAGCUAGUGUGAAUUUUAUUGAUUUGGCUGGAAGUGAGCGAGCAUCUCAGACCUUAUCCACCGGGACAAGACUGAAAGAGGGUUGCCAUAUAAAUCGUAGUUUACUGACCCUGUCAACUGUUGUUCGCAAGCUAAGUAAAGGCAGACAAGGACAUAUCAAUUACAGGGAUUCUAAGCUGACACGCAUACUGCAGCCUUGUUUGGGUGGCAAUGCCAGGACUGCAAUCAUAUGUACUUUGAGCCCUGCACGAAGCCAUGUUGAACAAACCAGGAACACUCUUCUGUUUGCUUGUCAUGCAAAAGAAGUUGCUACAAAAGCUCAGGUCAAUGUGGUCAUGUCUGAUAAGGCCUUAGUUAAGCAUUUACAGAGAGAGUUGGCCAGGUUAGAAAGUGAACUCAGGAGUCCUGUGACCCCUUCCUCAAACAAUGACUAUGCAGCAGCUUUACUGAGAAAGAAAGAUCUUCAAAUCGAAAAGCUGGAGAAGGAAGUUAGAGAGCUGACUAAGCAACGUGAUCUUGCUCGAUCCCGGUUCAAGGAUCUGCUAGGGAUGAUUGGAAACGAUCAAGAUUCAGGACAAUCGGCAAGAAUCGAUUACCAUAAUAAACGAGCAGGGGAUACAUGGGAAGAUGGCUAUUCAGAAACAGAGUCAUCGUGUUUGGCUGAUUCUAAUCAAUUUGAUAAGCGUAUUAUAAAAUUUAAUCCAGUCCAUAAUUAUGACAGAGAGAGGAGGUGUCAUCACGAGCCUUUGAACAAUCAUGAAGAUCAUUCCAUGACUGAUGAAAACUGCAAGGAGGUUCAAUGUAUUGAUACAGAUGGAACAGGAAGGGGAAAUAAUGAUUCCGAAGCUUGUGCCAUACCAAAUGGUGUUAGUGAAGGACAAUUGGCACUGACAUUAAAUGGAUAUGUGGAUGUGGCUGGCCAGGAAACAAUGUCUACCCGUAUGACUGGAGACAGAGAAAUGAAUCACAUUCAAGAGAGCCCAACGUUUAGUAGGGGUUGGAGUUGUGGGGCAGAUGUCAUGAGUGUUACAUCUUCUCCAUAUAUAGACAGAAAAAAUAUAGAAAGCACCCCGCCUAAUGGGUUCGAGAAAAGCUUUCCUGGAAGACCAGACGGUUACAAAAUGAAAAUUCCUUCAUUAAAUUAUGGUGCCCAUAGUGGGAUGCACUCCAGGAAUGAUUCUCUGUCUUCCCUUGGGAGUGCUUCAAUCCUAACUUCUGCCGAUGAAAAAAUUCCUAGCAUCCAUAGUUUUGUUGCUGGACUGAAGAAACAACUUGCCAAUGGUCAGGUUCAGGGCACUGGCCUAGAAGCAGGUGAAUCUGGAAGAGGGCUGGAUCCAAUGCAUGAAGCACCGGGUACUCCUGUGGAUUGGCCACUGGAAUUUGACAGGCUGCAGAGAGCCAUAGUCGAACUUUGGCAAGCUUGCCAUGUUUCCUUGGUUCACAGAACAUAUUUCUUCCUCCUAUUUAAAGGUGAUCGAACUGAUUCAAUUUACAUGGAGGUGGAGCUUAGGAGACUUACCUUCCUCGAGGAAACAUUUUCUCAAGGAAAUCAAGCUGUAGAAGGUGGUCGCUCUCUCACACUGGCUUCGAGUAAGAGAGCUCUCCGGCGUGAGAGGCAGACCUUGGCCAAACUGAUGCGGAAAAGGUUUUCCAAAGAAGAAAUAAAGGACCUAUAUCAGAAGUGGGGCAUUAAAUUGAACUCGCAACAGAGAAAGCUGCAGCUUGUGAAUCAGCUGUGGAGCAAUGACAAGAAUAUGAAUCACGUCACAGAGAGUGCCGGCAUUGUCGUGAAGCUGAUCAGGUUCGUAGAGCAGGGACGUGCCCUCAAGGAAAUGUUCGGGCUUAGCUUUACUCCACCGCAGUCUAGACGGAGAUACUUUAGUUUGAAAAACAGGAUGGGAUACCUUGUAUGAACCGCCGUAGAGGUAAUUUCUUGAAAGCCAUAUGCCAUGAUGCAUCAGAUAGAAUGAUGUAAUGAAUGUAAAUCUUGUGCCAAAAACUGGCUUGAUGAAAUUGGCCGUGGUUGAUUCGGGUUUUGGGCGUAUUUCUUUGGAUUAAUAUUUAGGUGACACGGAUUUGGAAAUAUGGCCUACUGGUUUUGCUA